AAAUAAAAUAGUCAUCACAACAUUUCUGCUCCUGGAAUUUGGGGAUAUCCCAGAAAUGCAAUCUUUUCUCUUUCUUCUUUUCUUGGUGAUCUAUGUUGUGACUGUGAUUGAUAAUAUCCUCAUUUUUGUUUUGGUGGUGGUUGAUCAGCACCUCCACAAACCCAUGUACUUCUUCCUGUGCAGCUUGUCCUCCUUGGAGACCUGCUACAGCUCUACUAUCCUGCCCAGGAUGUUUCCUAGUUUUCUGACUGGGGUAUGUGCACUACCCCCUUUCCUACUAACCCUGGUGUCCUACAUGUGGGUCAUCGCCAGUCUCAGAAUAUCUUCCACCACUGGGGUGCAAAAGGCUUUUUCCACCUGCUUUUCGCACCUCGUUGUUACUACAGGGUUUUUUGGUGGGACUCUAAGAGCACUGAAUAAAGUCUUCUCAGUUUUCUAUGCUGUUGUGACUACACUGCUCAACCUCCUCAUCUACAGUCUGAGAAACAGAGAGGUGAAGGAUGCUCUGAGUAAAGUAGCCAGGAAAUGUGUUUCCUAG